AUGCUUACGUUAUUCGAUGCCUUAGGCGACGAUCAUUGGUACCCGCUAAUUGUUCAUUGUCUUCCUCAGAUCCCAUGCGCGUCAGAAUUUAAAGCUCUCUUGAGCCCAAUUGCUAUUUUGGUUCAGCGUGGACAGCUGCUUGCAACUGACAACCUCAUUUUAUGGGCGUGUCGCCCCUCGCGAACACCUUCAACUGGCAUCUUCCCCUCGCAACCUUCUCCAGCCCACCAACGAAGUAGCUCAGAGCUCCGAGCUCCAAACUCCUUGAACCUAUACGGCAUACAACAGCACUUCAACAUGAGCAAUUCUGUGCCUGAUCUCGACUCGCUGGGCAUCAAAGCUGGGCCCGAGCUAGCAGACCAAUUCCGUCACGAAGUCGCUAAGCUCCUCGGGCGCACUAAUCUCAAUUUCCCUGGUGCACAGCCAGUCAGCUUUUCCCGGAAACAUCUUACAGAGCUUCAACAACGAGAUUAUUACGUUUGCGAGAAGACAGACGGUAUCCGAUGUCUAAUGUACUUUGCGCGAGGUGAUCCAGACUCCGACAUGCCUGAAAUCCACUACCUUAUUGAUCGCAAGAAUGACUAUCGCUACGUACCGCACCUGCAUUUUCCUCUUCCGGGCGACGAUACUUUUCAGUCGUACCACGUUGACACCUUGGUGGAUGGGGAGUUGGUCAAUGAUACUUUUGAGGAUGGGACCCAACAGCUGAAGUACUUGGUUUUCGACUGCCUAGUACUAGAUGGUCAAAGUCUUAUGCAUCGCACUCUUGAUAAGAGACUCGCAUACUUUAAAGAGAAGGUUUUGAAGCCAUACAACGCCAUGUACCGGAAAUUCCCCGAAGAGAAGCAGCACCGUGCUUUCGCUGUCGAAGACAAGUCCACCCAGUUCAGUUACGGCAUUGAGAUGAUGUUCCGCGAUAUCAUCCCCAAAGUCAAGUGUAUUCAUGGCAAUGACGGCUUGAUUUUCACCUGCCGCAGCACACCCUACCGCAACGGAACAGACGAACAUAUCCUCAAAUGGAAGCCUCCGUCCGAGAACACCGUUGAUUUUCGCAUGCGUCUCGAGUUCCCGGUUUUAGAGCCUGACUCCGAUGACGAGGCUGAGGGCGUUUCAGAGCCUUUCGUCGAUUACGAAGCCAUGCCCAUCUUCCACCUGUUCGUUGCAAUCAAUGAUAACAAGUACCGUGAUUGGGGCGAGAUGUACGUCACCCCGGCCGAAUGGGAGGAUAUGAAGGCUCUAAAAGUUCCACUUGACGAUUCCAUCGUUGAGUGCUAUCAGGAUGAGCACAAUCGGUGGCGCUUCCACCGCCUGCGCGACGAUAAAGUUGACGCAAAUUAUAUCACUACAGUCGAGAAGGUUCUCGAAAGUAUCGAGGAUCGGGUUACAGAGGAGGACCUCAUUCGUCUUGCUCCCGUCAUCAAAAACGCCUGGAAGAAGCGUCAGGCUCAAAUGGCUGCUGAAGAGGAAGAGCGCAAGCGCAAGGCGCGUGGUAUGCCACAAUCCAUGAAUGGAAAUGGUGUCAAGCGCAAAUUCGAAGAUGGACAAAAUUGA